CCCUGGGGUAGGCGACUUCCGCUUGCCGGUGGCUCCUGGUGGACUUUUUACAGAGCUGGAAGUGUGUUAUUUGUCGGUGGCAGUGUACUUCCCCCGACUCAACUCCAGUUGGGAGAGACUGACUUCUAGAGCGGAGCGAACUUCAAGCCACGUCCCUCUGGCCUGGGCGGGAGACCCGAAGGUGAAAAAAAUAGGAGUGAAGGAAAAAUAAACCUGUGAUGAUUUCCCACGCUUUCUCUCUCCUGCUCCAGGCUCCAACUUGAAUAGCGACCUUGGAGGCCUCCAGGAGGAGAUCAGCUGCACAGUGGGGACUGAAAAGAGGCAUUUCUAGGCUUCCAAGUGUUCUCAAUGUGAGCGAGGGGAAGAGAGGAGAAAGGAGACGGUGUCAAGGAAGGCCUGGAAGAAAAGCACUCAGGAUUAUGCUCCAUUUUUGGCGUGUGACCUGCUUCAUCCUUGGGAAGUCCUUCCUCCGAGUUUCCCAUGACAGCGUCAGCUUUUGCACAGUGGAGGGCACUGACUCGGUCUCCCCAUCAGCCUUUACUCCAGGCUGAAGGCCUGUCUUCUGUCUAGCUUCCCUCUGUGCUCACCCCGCACUACCCUCAGCCCACCUCCACCAACACUCUCACGUCUCUAUAUGAUGAGGGGGCAGUGCGGCAGCCAAGGUCCACCGUGGGUACACAGGGAGCCUCAAUGCAAGGAAUCCAGAGCCUUCAGCAGAAAGCAGACCUUUCUUUGAUGGUGGGAAAGGAGAGAGGCAGAAAACUCCAGACCUGGACCCCAGGCUGGUCCCAAGUCAGAUAGCUGGGGGCCAGAGCUUCUCCCUGGACCAACCAGGUCCUCUUGGGGAGCCCAGUGCUUCCGUGUACCCACAUGACCAAAGACAAGAGGACUGAGCUUGGGAAAAAGAAAAGUAGGAAAAGGAAGAUGCAACAGAAGUGGCGGGACCCCAACUCACAAGCUCCUAGGAUUCCAGGCAGGUCAGAGUGUGUCGUGAGCUGCCCUCUGCUGCCCUCUCCAGCAUCAGUGUUCUUGGCCCCCCACGUGCCCCUCACACACGGCCUCUGUCCUCCAGCCACACUGAGCUUCUCCCAGAGCCUGAAUGGGCCAUGCUCUUUCUCACCGACAGUUCUCGGCAAACAGCGGGGCCUCUUCGGUGAAGCUCCCUUCCUCUCCCCACACCCCUUGGUCGCUCUCUACCCCUCCCACAAGCCUCAGUGUGGAUGUCAGUUUCUCUGGGAAGCCCUUCUGGGUGCCCGCAGCCUCAGUUGCUGUUGAUGCCAGGAGGUCCUCCCCACUAUCCGCCUUCCUGCUCUGCCCUUAGCCAUGGAUGGCACACUUGGGAUUGCUGGGGGAAAGGCCAUUCCAGGAACUUCAAACCUUCCAGCACCCAGAAGCCCGACUGGAGGCUGUCUCCACUGUGGAAAUAACCCAGGGGAAAUGGGGCUAACACUACAGCUGCAAUGACCAGCGUCAGUCCUCAGGGAGAAUUCUCAGUGGGAAUUUCCUAAGCCCCUCCAGGCCCCGCGCCGCCGCCCGGGCCGUGACCUCGCCGCCCGUGGCCGCGGCCAUGGCGCAGGAGAACGCCGCCUUCUCGCCGGGCCCGGAGGAGCCGCCGCGGCGCCGCGGCCGCCAGCGCUACGUGGAAAAGGACGGGCGCUGCAACGUGCAGCACGGCAACGUGCGCGAGACCUACCGCUACCUGACCGACCUGUUCACCACGCUCGUGGACCUGCAGUGGCGCCUGAGCCUGCUCUUCUUCGUGCUGGCCUACGCGCUCACCUGGCUCUUCUUCGGCGCCAUCUGGUGGCUGAUCGCCUACGGCCGCGGCGACCUGGAGCACCUGGAGGACACGGCGUGGACCCCGUGCGUCAACAACCUCAACGGCUUCGUGGCCGCCUUCCUCUUCUCCAUCGAGACGGAGACCACCAUCGGCUACGGGCACCGCGUCAUCACCGACCAGUGCCCCGAAGGCAUCGUGCUGCUGCUGCUGCAGGCCAUCCUGGGCUCCAUGGUGAACGCCUUCAUGGUGGGCUGCAUGUUCGUCAAGAUCUCGCAGCCCAACAAGCGCGCCGCCACGCUCGUCUUCUCCUCGCACGCCGUGGUGUCGCUGCGCGACGGGCGCCUCUGCCUCAUGUUCCGGGUGGGCGACCUGCGGUCAUCGCACAUCGUCGAGGCCUCCAUCCGCGCCAAGCUCAUCCGCUCGCGCCAGACGCUGGAGGGCGAGUUCAUCCCGCUGCACCAGACCGACCUCAGCGUGGGCUUCGACACGGGCGACGACCGCCUCUUCCUCGUCUCGCCUCUCGUCAUCAGCCACGAGAUCGACGCCGCCAGUCCCUUCUGGGAGGCGUCGCGCCGCGCCCUCGAGAGGGACGACUUCGAGAUCGUGGUCAUCCUCGAGGGCAUGGUGGAAGCCACGGGAAUGACAUGCCAAGCUCGGAGCUCCUACCUGGUGGAUGAGGUGCUAUGGGGCCACCGCUUCACCUCAGUGCUGACCCUGGAGGAUGGCUUCUACGAAGUAGACUAUGCCAGCUUCCACGAGACCUUUGAGGUGCCCACACCUUCCUGCAGCGCCCGGGAGCUGGCCGAGGCCGCGGCCCGACUGGACGCCCAUCUCUACUGGUCCAUCCCCAGCCGGCUGGACGAGAAGGUGGAGGAGGAGGGGGCUGGAGAAGGGGCAGGAGAGGGGGCUGGAGAGGAGGCAGGAGAGGGGGCGGGCGAAGGGGCUGGGGUUGACAAAGAGCAGAAUGGCUGCCUGCCACCCCCAGAGAGUGAGUCCAAGGUAUGACCAGAUUCCUCCAGACCCCUGUGGCAGGGCCAGACACAGGUACCUGGGGAGCUGAGUAUCGCAGGUGGAGAAGGAGUCCGGCAAGGUCCUUAUGAAUGCACCAAAGCUGGAGAGCCGCCUCAGAAUCUCAGGUCUGGGAUCCAACUGGGAUGGCAGAGAUCCUGACUUCAGGAGAAUGAAGGGUGGGGAUGGGUGAACUUACCCAGCCUGUCUGUGUUUGACCUUCCUGUCUGUUCAUGGGUGGAUGGAUGGACAGAAGGAUGGGCCUGUGUGAGCUGGAUGAGAAGGUGCUAGCAGAGAGAGACAGCCGGUGGAUAGAUAAGUGGGCCGACAGGCUGGUGGUGCGCUCAGGGCUGCUGCUAACUCACAGAGCGUCUUUGUGCAAAUUCUAAAAAGGCACCCUUUUCCUUUAGACUGACACCACCCUAAACCAGGGUGCAUGGUUUGGGGAGCAGAUGUGGGCUGGAUUUUAGUCCCCACUCUUCUCCUCAGCCAGCCUCUCCGAGUCUGGCGCAUCUGUCUCAUUGGACACAGCAGCCCAAGCUGACCCAGGGAAGAGAAGGCUGGAAGGAGGCAGGCAGAGAGGAAGAGGCUGUCCUCCCGCCUCCACCCGCACCACCGUGACAGGCUGGGAGGGAGGCUGAAAGGCUGUGGGGGCAGCUCAGUAGGGUGAGAAUGAGCUCGUCCACGAUGCAGGGAAACCAACUGUAGGUAAGAUGCCAGAGCUGGGGCCCUGGGGCCCUGGGGCUGGGCCUGGGAAAGGCAAAGCGGGGCCGACCACCUUCUAAUAGCAGAGUGAGCUCUCACAAGUGCCCCUGCAGAGGCGGGAGGGGAGAGCAGGGCUGUGAAGGCAGGAACCAGGGGAGGCAUGGAGCUCGUGAGUUCACUAGAGCUGGGACCCGGGGCCCGCAGGAAACCGGAGUCAGUCUUGGGGUACAGUGAGAGGGAGUCAUUCACAUGGCUACUGGGUGCCAGCUGGGUCCGGAGCACUGACCCGGGCAUGUGUGGGGAGGAUGGUCAGAGAUCCGAUUCCUAUUCUGGGAAUACAGCGCAGGCACGUGGGAAAGACAGAGACAUAUGCCUUUGGCAACUGUUUCAAACCAAGAACCUGGGCGAUCUCUCUGAGUAAGGGUGGGCGGGCUCGGUGAUCAGAAAGCCAAGGACUGAGUCAGACCUGGAGGGUGACCUGAGCCAGCAUUUGUGAACUUGGGUGGGCAUCGGGGCCAACCUGGAGGGCUCGGGGACACAGAUGGUUGAACCCCACUCCCGGAGUUUCGGACACAGUAAGUCUGGGGCAGAGACUAAAACUCUGCAUUUCUAACGCAUCCCGGGUCCUGAUGCCAGAACAGGGACCAUGCUUUGAGAAGCCCUUCCCCAAGCAGACUGAGGGGUUCUGUCAGGAAGUGGGCAUCAAGCUGAGGAGUAGUUGAGGAUCCUUGGGAAGGAGACUGAAAUAUAACAGGUGGAGAAUUGUGGUGGGGGGAAAGGGGACCCUGAAACCCAGGCUGAAGAGUUUAACUCUGGACCCAGGGACUCACCCGUCAGUGAAAAUGGGGCGGCAACAAGCUAGAGAUGGGGUUUGGUGAAGAUGAGUAGGCAUAAUAGAGAGAGCAAAGCAGCUGGGAGGGCUUCAGGGGGGUCCUGGGGAGGCAAUGGGAACUGGAAGAGGAAGGGUGUCAGUGACAGAGGAUGGAAUCCCACGUGGGACUUGAAGUAGGCUUAAACGUGGGAGGUGUGAGAGAGCGGCGAGAGUCCAAAUAUCUGGAUGUGGCCUGCCGUUUGCCCAGCUGGGACAGGAGCCCCUGCAGACAAGUUCCCAUGCUGCGUGCACCCCCUUCCUGGCCUCAUCCCAGUCACCAGGGAGGCCCUCCAUCCCAGGGUGAUGAAGGGAGAGGAGCAGCGAGUCAAGAAGGGGCAGAGGUGGGGGGACCUGUGGGUGGGAGAGGCGUGUACGCACACGCAAGCACACCAUCCUCAGCGUUGACCCCAGCCCUUGGCCCUGGCUGCAUCCCACUCCUGAACUUUAAUAAAAGUCUGAACUCCUUGGGGUGGGAGCACCCCAGUGCGCUGCAUUCCAGGCUGCGAAGCUGGGGUCCUGUGAGCCGCUGUGCCUCCUGGAAGCAGGACAAAGCCAUACCAGCUCAGAGAGGACGUCUUUGCCUCAGAUCAGGGUCACCUGGGUCACCAUCAGUCAAAGAUGAGGUCCCUGCACCCUGGCAUCAGUCGUUCGCAAAAAAACAAAUGCUGGGGGAUGGAAUGGGGUGCGCUUUUGGUUCAGUUUGCUGAAACAGCUGGAGUCUGGAUAGAAGGGAGGGGACUGUUGGUGUCCACACUUGCUCACACGGUAGUUCACCCACUAAAAAUGAAGCCACUGCAGAGAACUGAGGCUGGAUGGAAGGCGCCAAGACCCUGCCACCCCUCUCCUCACACUGAGCCACCACUCAGGGCCCCACUGUGUGCAGUGCGGGGAGUCUGGAGACCUGGGUUCCAGUCCUGACGCUGUCACUACUUCGUUCUAUGACUCCGGGCAAGUCGCGUCACUUUUCUGGGCCUCAGUUUCCCCAUCUGUAAAAACAACACUUGGCAAACUGAUAAUGCUCAAUAAACGUUUAAAUCACUGA